CACUACGAGCCAACAUCACCCUUUUAACAAAUUAAACUAACAUUAUUCCACAAAAGUAUAUAAUUUUAUAUCAUAUAGAUUCCGCCACCGCCUCCUCCACCAUUUAUUCAUUCGACGGCCAACCUGACAGACCCAUCCCCGACGGGGAUGCCCCAUCAUCAGCGCUUAUGAUUUCGCCUCCGGAUCCAGAUGCCCUCUUCAGUGGUGGCGGCAUGAGCUUUCUCACUGGAGGGCAAUCUGCAAAGUUCAGCUAUGGAUAUUCCAGUUUUAAAGGUAAAAGAGCUUCAAUGGAGGAUUUCUAUGAGACAAGGAUAUCUGAAGUUGAUGGUCAGAUGGUUGCCUUUUUUGGAGUUUUUGAUGGUCAUGGUGGUGCCAGAACUGCAGAGUAUCUAAAAAACAACCUAUUCAAGAAUUUAAGUAGUCAUCCAGAUUUUAUCAAAGACACAAAGGCAGCUAUUGUUGAAGUUUUCAGACAGACGGAUUUGGAUUACCUUAAUGAAGAGAAUGGCCAGCAAAAAGAUGCUGGGUCAACUGCAUCAACUGCUAUGCUUUUAGGGAAUCGGCUGCUUGUUGCAAAUGUUGGUGAUUCCAGAGUGGUUGCUUCUAAAGCUGGUUCAGCGCUUCCACUAUCUAUUGAUCAUAAACCUGAUAGAUCUGAUGAACGGCAAAGGAUUGAAGAGGCUGGAGGUUUCGUUAUUUGGACAGGAACAUGGCGAGUUGGCGGUGUCCUUGCUGUUUCUCGUGCAUUUGGAGACAAACUACUUAAGCAAUAUGUAGUUGCUGAGCCAGAAGUUCAGGAAGAAGAAAUCGAGGGUGUGGACUUUAUAAUCAUUGCCAGUGAUGGACUUUGGAAUGUAUUAUCGAAUCAGGAUGCUGUGGAUGUAGUGCAAGAAAUAGCAGAUGCAGAAGCUGCAGCAAGGAAGCUCAUACAAGAAGCUUACGCCCGAGGGAGCUCUGACAACAUUACUUGUGUCGUGGUCCGGUUUGAGGUCUCAUGACCAGACAUAUCAAGAUCUCGAUUUCUGACUACGACCAUGCCCAUCAUACACAUUACUGAAAUACCUUCUUAGUUAGUGCUUUUUCGCUUGUGACCUUUGAAAAAUCAACAAGAAUCCUAGUAGGACAAUAGAAGAAUUUUCCAUUGAUGCACUUUUUUGUUGCCCCGUUGGAAUUUGGAUGCACUUCUUGAUUAAUAUGCCAGGCUAACAUCUGAAAUUGCAAGAUGUUGGACCCAAGUGACCUGUUAAUGUAUGUUUGAUUUUUUUAUAUGUGACAAAUUCUUUAUGGAA